UGGGUCACAGCACGAGCAAGGGUCGUGGGUCACGGGGUUGUAAUUCGAUUGUAUAAGGUUGCAUGUGCAUGAAUACUCUAACGUGAGGAGAUUUGCCUUCUCCCCUGCCUUUGGAUUUUUAAACCCACUAGUGUCUUUUACAGAAGUAAGCAGUUGUGAAUCUGCCGAUACAAGAAAGAUGCCACUGCCAUUGGUCCUACUACACAAUGUUAGUCCAGUAUUAACAAAAAGGAUACUAAAUGCAAUGAGUAAGAAGACAAUCAUCAUCACAGGAGCCAACACGGGCAUUGGAUUCGAGGCUGCCAGAAUACUGUGCAGAUCAGGGGACAAGUAUGAGGUGAUCCUGGCCUGUAGAUCCGAGGAGAAAGCCCAGGCAGCUGUGAAGGCUAUCAAAGAGGAGAGUCCCAAUGCAGAUAUCAUGUUUAUGAAGUUGGACCUGGCUUCCCUAGACUCAGUGCGCCAGUUUGUAGACAACUUCUUGGCAACUGGCAAGAAGCUCCACGUGUUGUGUAACAACGCUGGCAUGGCCACCAACUUCUCCGACAAUGUUCGUCAUCUGACCAAAGAUGGAUUUGAGAUGACUAUGGGGACAAAUCAUUUUGGCCACUUUCUGUUAACCAAUCUUCUCCUGGACAAGCUGAAAUCAACUGCGGCAAGUGAUGGAGAGGCCAGAAUAGUUGUUACUUCUUCAGGAAUGCAUGAUAUAAAUGGCCAGCAGAAUAGAAGAGGUGGGCCUUGGACUUUAGAUUUUUUAUUUUGUCUUAGAAAUUAUGUAUUCCAGUUUAACGGUGAAGAACAAAAGAAGUUUUUAACAUACAUGUGCUAAAAGAAACUUGAAAAUUUUUUGUGAGCCAACAGUGACCACAUAUACUUGUAUGAAAUUGUAGUCUAAAAAUCUCUUAGGAUUGUGUAAUACUUAAUUGCUAUAAGUAUAACAAGCUUAUUGUUAGUAGAUAAAUAAGUACACUGUACUCUUUGUCUUUAAGCGUUUAUUGGUCCAACUUGACAAUGAUCGCUAUCUGAAACGGAAGAUAAAUUACAUAAGUCUACAUAAAUAAUAAUCCUAUAUCUCCCCCCAAGUCUUUAGGUUCACUGAUAACCAAAGUCAGUAGAAAGACUGAAAUGUUUCAAUGAUCCAUGAGAGGUCACUAGUGUUUGAAAACAAGUAAACUACAAAGUAACAGUUAAACUGAAUAUGCAAAUGACA